AUGGCUUUGAGAUGGCAAGCGAGGCUAUCUAUUGCCGCUAUACUCUUUAUGUGUACUGAAGACACGCUGAGCCUGAAUGAUGGGAUGGAGAAGCUCGAGCGACACCCCGGACAAGGGAGGCCACGCCAACAGAUGAUUGAUCACUCGAUCGGCAUCAAAACCAAACCCGAACCCACUUUCGACUUUAACCAGCCCACUAAUGUCACCGCGCUCAUAGGCAAGACUGCUUAUCUCACUUGUCGAGUCAGACAUCUCGGGAAUAAAACUGUCUCGUGGGUGCGAUUAAGAGAUAUUCACAUUUUAACAACGGGAGCGUACACUUAUACGAUUCCCACGGCAACGAUUCUCGGUGGUCCGGAACUGUACGUGGGUGCCGGGAGCACGAUAAACCUGACAUGUGCGAUACAGUUCAGCUCAGAACCCCCAGCCUACAUCUUUUGGUACUACGACGGCAACGUUCUUAGUUACGACAGUCCUAGAGGAGGUGUCUCUGUAAUAACGGAGAAAGGAACUGAUGUCACCACCUCCUGGCUCCUCAUACAGACGGCACAGCCCUCCGACUCGGGCGAGUACAGCUGUAAGCCCAGCAACGCCAACACUGCGUCCAUCCGAGUUCACGUUGUCAAUGGUGAACGUCCAGAAGCGAUGCAAACAGGAACAGCAGGGCCUAUUUUAUCCUCAAGCUGCCUCCUGGUAUCGCUCAUCAUUUUGUACAUAUCUUCAGUGUAA